CAUGAGUGCUGGCAAUGAUUCAUAUACUGUAUAAGUUGAGUCGUGGACAGUUGUAGUGUAGUUUGCUCUCGGUUCAAAGUGGACAAGGUAAGACUCAUUCAAAGUUACAUCUUCGUCAAAUAGCACAGUUUGGGUGAUGACGUAAUUGUCUUAAAAAAUACACGCUAAGUAAUAGGCUUUUUAAAUUUAAAUAAAGUUGUUGUUUUACAAUAAUUCAUUUGGGAUACCUUAUAUUAUUAGAAGAGGUAAUAAAGUUUGAACCCACACCCAUUUCUGCUCAAAGGAAAUUUAUAGAACGUAAUAUAUAUGUCUCAUUGGCUUGAGAUUUGAGAUUUUAUGUUCAAUGUACAUGUAGCCAAAGAACAAAAAAAUAUAUAUUGAAUGGCUUAUUUAUUUUUGCUAUAUGUUGCAGGUUUUCUAUGGAAAUUUUAAGGCAAAUAGUCGAAUGUGACAUAGGGUAUAUGUCACAGCAACACUGUAUUUGUCGCUUGUUUUUAUAUGUAUAAUUAUACACGUAUCAUUUAUUCAAUAAAUUUAGUAAGAGCAGUUGAAUUGUAAGAUUUGAUACAUAAAGUAUUCAAAUUGCUAAAGGGGUUUUAAAAGUUGUGAGUGGAGUUUUAAAAUAGAAAAAGAAGAAAUGGGAGUGAAACAAACAGAUUGUAGUGGAAGCGCCAAUUUAACUGAAAACACGGCUAAAUAACCGGAUAUCCUGGCGCAUCUGUUUAUUGUUCACAACCGUAGUCUGCACGCAGCCAAUGAGUGAACCUCGACGACAGUUUUGUCUUUUUUUGUCUGUACGGUCCACCACCUUUCUCUUUUGUGUGGUCCAUUUUUUUUGUCACACCCUGUAUCUCUCUGCAACUCUUAACGUCCUAAAAUGGCGGUUGGUGCCCACAAUGCACUGCACAAUGAUGUGUAAGGAUGGCAAGAUUUCAUCUUGUGCGCGUGAUCGAAGAUGGCUGCAUAAACAAACCGGACAAUAAUUUGGGUCUCUUCAGGAUGAGGUCCACGGUCUACUUCUACACGUGUCACCUAUUGUGCAUGGGCCUGGGUCUGGCCUGUGUGGUGUGUGUGUUCUGGUGGAACAGCCAGUGGCGUGGCGGUUUCGCCUGGGAUGGCUCUGCACGCCAGUUCAACUGGCACCCGGUCCUGAUGGUCACCGGUAUGCUGGUGCUGUAUGGAAAUGGAGCUGUGUUGUAUCGCGUCCCCCUGACUUGGGGCCGUAAUAAACGUCCUUGGAAACUGCUCCAUGCUGCAGUGAUGCUCCUUGCCAUGCUACUUUCAGUUAUCGGACUUUGUGCUGUCUUUGGCAAUCACAAUGCUUCAAACAUCCCCAACCUCUACUCCCUGCACAGCUGGAUUGGAAUCAUCACAGUCGUUCUCUUUGCCAUGCAGUGGGCUACAGGGAUAACUGGCUUCCUCCUGCCCUGUUCUCCUGGUUCAUUACGCAAACUCCUGAAACCCCAACAUGUGUGGGUGGGAGGCAGUUUCGUAUCACUGGGCAUCGCCACCUGUAUCUCCGGCAUCAACGAGAAACUCUUCUUUGUCCUGAAAGGAAAUACUAAUGGAUCUCAGCCAUAUUCUAAUCUCCCACCUGAGGCCCUGUUGGGAAAUUCAUUAGGAGUUUUGAUCGUAGCCUUUGGCAUGGUUGUCCUCAAGAUUUUGUCUAAUCCAGAAUGGCAGAGACCGGAAAAUCAGCCUGCAGAUGUGGCUUACGCGGAAGUGCUUCAAGAAGAAAAUCAAUGAGUGGCAUAACAACCCAGCACUGGUAAAGCCAUAUUGGACAGUUUGGCAAUCUAAACCCAGCGUUCCAGAAACUCCAGAUGUUCCAGAUUUACAAAUUUAAUUUUGAUUGUAUUUAAGUCGCCUUUUUUGGACAAAGAAUAAAAUAUGAACCCUCAACGUCGUCAAGAAUGGCGUUAAUGCUAUAGUCCGAGAUCCUCCGUAUGAAAGACGUGCUUUUGUUUUUAAGAACCGACUGCAGAAAAGCUGGUCAAAGAUCCUCUAUAUGACUAAGUGUUCUGUUUUUAAGAAACUACUGGAAAAAUGCUAGUCAAAGAUCCUUGCACUAGUAUGUUAAUACUAAAGAUCCUCUUUUUGACAGGAGGGGCCGACAGUAAAAAACACUGGUCAAAGAUCCUCAAUGUGACAAGAAUACUCUGCUGUUUUUAAAAAACAUACUACAACAAGGCUAGUCAAAGAUCCUUUGUAAGAGUGCUCUGCUACCGACUGCAAAAAUGCUAUUCAAAGAUCCUCUAUAUGACUAAGUGUUCUGUUUUUAAGAACCUACUGGAAAAAUGCUAGUCAAAGAUCCUUGCACUAUGUUAAUACUAAAGAUCCUCUUUAUGACAGGAGCAUGGUUGUUUUUAAGGGCCGACAGUAAAAAAAAAACACUGGUCGAAGAUCCUCAAUUUGACAAGAAUACUCUGCUGUUUUUAAAGAACAUACUGCAACAAGGCUAGUCAAAAAUCCUUUGUAAGCGUGUUCUGCUACCGACUGCAAAAAUGCUAUUCAAAGAUCCUCUAUAUGACUAAGUGUUCUGUUUUUAAGAACCCACUGGAAAAAUGCUAGUCAAAGAUCCUUGCACUAUGUUAAUGCUAAUAUCCUCUUUAUGACAGGAGCUUGGUUGUUUUUAAGGGCCGACAGUAAAAAAAAAAACACUGGUCAAAGAUCCUCAAUGUGACAAGAAUACUCUGCUGUUUUUAAAGAACAUACUGCAACAAGGCUAGUCAAAGAUCCUUUGUAAGAGUGUUCUGCUACCGACUGCAAGAAUGCUAUUCAAAGAUCCUCUAUGUGACUAAGUGUUCUGUUUUUAAGAACCUACUGGAAAAAUUCUCGUCAAAGAUCCUUGCACUAUGUUAAUGCUAAAGAUCCUCUUUAUGACAGGAGCUUGGUUGUUUUUAAGGGCCGGUAGUAAAAAAAUAGUGGUCAAAGAUCCUCAAUGUGACAAGAAUACUCUGCUGUUUUUAAAGAACAUACUGCAACAAGGCUAGUCAAAGAUCCUUUGUAAGAGUGCUCUGCUACCGACUGCAAAAAUGCUAUUCAAAGAUCCUCUAUGUGACUAAGUGUUCUGUUUUUAAGAACCUACUGGAAAAAUUCUAGUCAAAGAUCCUUGCACUAUGUUAAUACUAAAGUUCCUCUUUAUGACAGGAGCUUGGUUGUUUUUAAGGGCCGGUAGUAAAAAAAUAGUGGUCAAAGAUCCUCAAUGUGACAAGAAUACUCUGCUGUUUUUAAAGAGCAUACUGCAAGAAGGCUAGUCAAAGAUCCUUCGUAAGAGUGCUCUGCUACCGACUGCAGAAAUGCUAUUCAAAGAUCCUCUAUAUGACAAAAGCGCUCUUCCGUUUUUAGAGAACAACUGCAAUAAAAAAAAAAAC